GCCAGUUGUGUACAACUACCAACACUGCUGGUUACUCAACAAUAGUUGAGAACAUGAUCCCGGAAAUUAUAUAAUAUUAAUAGUUACUUCCCUUACGUCUCGAUAGAUCUACGUUGUGAAUGAAUAACCACUCGGGAACGGUGCUACCAAUACACAAUAACUCAACUUCAAUACACAAAUUUAUAAACGGAACAAAAUGGACGCAUCAGAAGGCACAGGUGAUUCGGUUGUGAGAGAUAACUCAUACACGUUACGUUUACUGAAGCAUAAAGACACAGAAAAGGAUGAAUACAAAAUGAAUUUUCCACGGCGCGGAAAGGCUGUAAUUAUCAACAACAAAAACUUCACAGACGACAUGCAAAAACGCGGAUACGGUGUACGAUCGGGAACGGAUAUCGAUCACACGCUCAUCACAGCGCAGUUGCAGCGUCUGGGGUUCGAUUUGGUCCACCACCAUAACGCCACAUGCCGGGUCAUGAAAGACGAGUUCGCAAAAGUGGCAAAGGAAGACCACUUUGACGCGGACUGUUUUGUGACGGUACUGCUGAGCCACGGGGAGGAAGGCAAGAUCUGCGGGACAGACGACAUAAUAGACCUGGAGGAGAUUUUCCAGUAUUUCAAAGGCGCCCAUUGCCCGACGCUUGCCGGAAAGCCGAAAUUGUUCUUCAUUCAGGCAUGUCGUGGCAAGGAAUUCGAAUCUGGGACUAACGUUGAUGUUGUAGACGCAAAACAUGUCGUUGAAAGUGACCUCGAAAUAUCGGAAGUCAUCCGAAUCCCAAGCGAGGCGGACUUCCUGUUAUCGUUCUCAACGGUCCCCGGGUAUUAUUCGUGGCGCAAUUCCACCAACGGGUCGUGGUACAUCCAGUCGCUGUGCUGCAUAUUAGACCAAUACGGGACCGUGCUGGAAAUUCAAAAGCUGCUGACAAAAGUCGCUAAGCUGGUGGCCUACACCGAACAACGCUACAUGUCCAAUACGGCAGAUCCGGCACAGAACCGGAAGAAGCAAAUGCCGUCAUUCACGUCGAUGUUAACCAAGGAUCUGAUCUUCCAUCCAAAGGAUGAAUGUACUUAGUGCGACUGGCUGGUGAAUAUUGGUCAUAAACUAAAAAAUUACCUUUGUGAACAAUUACCUAACAGAUAAUAUUAAAGUGUAACUGUGCUUUGAAUGAAAGUUGACAGAAUUCAGUUGCAAACAUAUACAUUGUUUCCGCCCACAUUUUAUUGUCUAAGGUCUUUUUUUUCAUUAAUUUGAUCGUGCUACGCCAUUUGCUAUUGUUUAAUUACUUUUUGCUGAUAUAUAAACUUCCACAUAAAAGAUAAACGAAAAAUCGCCUCCAUUGACCAAAGGACAAACUAAUUUAUGGCAAGCAUGCCUUGCCAGUUUUGUCAUCAAUAAAACUGACUAAAAGCCUGUAUGUCAGACGGAGUUAUUUUACUCGUACAUGAAGUCAAUGGUUAAGCAAAACGAAAUGAGCAUUGAAUCGAACAGCGCAGUAACUAACAAAACGGAAAAUAUAGAGCCAAUAUUGGACAUAGUCGUGAAGAGCAAGCUAAGACCAUUGCUCUAUUCAAGUUUAUUAGCCGGAUAUUUUAUUCUAAAUGGCGACGACGAAGAUGAAAAGGAUGCGGUGAUUUGUUUAUUAUUGAUGGUGAUGAGGAGGAGGAGAAUGAUGAUGAUGGUAUUGGUGAUAAUGAUGAUGAUGAUAUUGGUGAUGAUGAUAAUGACUUGUCCAAGUGUCCUUAUACGUCACGCUACAACCCCUACCUCAAGUGUCAGGUCUGGUAGAUCAAAAGGCCAUGAGUCGUAUUCAUUAAACGUCGAAGGGGGAUUCUACUUGAAAGUGUAGGAUUUCUUAUAGAAAGCAUAGGCGUCGGCAUCGUUCACCAUGCUGUUUUAAAUAAUGGUGAACUUAAAAUUAAAAUAAACCUGUCAGGAAAUACCUUUUUGCAUUUGCUAAUAAAGCAUUGCAAAAUUAAUCUGUAUAUAAAUAACACGUGUAAGUGUGUGUGUUUUUUUUAAACACACACAUCUCAUUCUUUGUCUUAAGUUUGGAUGAGACUCUCCUCAAAACCUAACUAAGAUCCCAGUUUGGAGCAACUGGAAGGUUGUUUUAAGUAUAGUGCAUGUUAAAUCAUACAUGGCCAGAUCAUCAACGUAUCGACAGUUCAUUCUAAAAGGCUUGCAAAUAAAUGCGAAAUGUAUAAAGAACUUGCAAUACUUUACUAAAGAAAACACAUGUGCUCAUCGUUGGAAUUCUAUUGGAUAACAUGUCCGUCUUCAUGUAAUUAUUUCAAUUGUUACUUAUUGGUGGACUGUUAAUUUUUAAUGCUUCCAGAUUUCUUUAUAAGGAUACAUUUGUUGACGGCUUCAUGAAUAUUGCACCAGAGUUUGUCUUUCUUUGGAAAUGUGUAUUAAAAUAAUAAUAAUGUAUUAUUGACAGUUGUAUGGCGACACACGUUUCAUGAGCAGAGUUUUACAGUGAAUACGUUUAAAAGCUAUUGGUACAGCAUUGAAACAAUCCGUACAGUGUUUAUUAGUGUAAGAACUUUGUUCUUUGUAUGCAUUUAAUGAAUCUAAAAUAUAUGUGUUUCUGUAUAAUCCAUUCGCGGAAUCAAUAAAUAAAUACAUGUCUUUCCUCUUAACUCUUUGUUAAAGUCAAUAAACUUUUGAUUCACUAAGCUUUAUCCAAAACGAGUUUGGUAUGUCUUUCAAUGUGUGUCGCUUCGAAAAGAUAUUUUUGACCUUAAAUUUUUGUUUACUAUUGGAGUCAUUUUUUUAAAUGAGCCUCGCUCUGUGAAACAGGGUUGUAUGCAUGUGCGUGAGUAUCGUGGUUGUAUUCAUGUGCGUGAGUAUCGUGGUUGUAUUCAUGUGCGUGAGUAUCGUGGUUGUAUUCAUGUGCGUGAGUAUCGUGGUUGUAUUCAUGUGCGUGAGUAUCGUGGUUGUAUUCAUGUGCGUGAGUAUCGUGGUUGUAUUCAUGUGCGUGAGUUUCGUGGUUGUAUUCAUGUGCGUGAGUAUCGUGGUUGUAUUCAUGUGCGUGAGUAUCGUGGUUGUAUUCAUGUGCGUGAGUAUCGUGGUUGUAUUCAUGUGCGUGAGUAUCGUGGUUGUAUUCAUGUGCGUGAGUAUCGUGGUUGUAUUCAUGUGCGUGAGUAUCGUGGUUGUAUUCAUGUGCGUGAGUAUCGUGGUUGUAUUCAUGUGCGUGAGUAUCGUGGUUGUAUUCAUGUGCGCGAGUAUCGUGGUUGUAUUCAUGUGCGUGAGUAUCGUGGUUGUAUGCAUGUGCGUGAGUAUCGUGGUUGUAUUCAUGUGCGUGAGUAUCGUGGUUGUAUUCAUGUGCGUGAGUAUCGUCGUUGUAUGCAUGUGCGUGAGUAUCGUGGUUGUAUGCAUGUGCGUGAGUAUCGUGGUUGUAUUCAUGUGCGUGAGUAUCGUGGUUGUAUUCAUGUGCGUGAGUAUCGUGGUUGUAUUCAUGUGCGUGAGUAUCGUGGUUGUAUUCAUGUGCGUGAGUAUCGUGGUUGUAUUCAUGUGCGUGAGUAUCGUGGUUGUAUGCAUGUGCGUGAGUAUCGUGGUUGUAUGCAUGUGCGUGAGUAUCGUGGUUGUAUGCAUGUGCGUGAGUAUCGUGGUUGUAUGCAUGUGCGUGAGUAUCGUGGUUGUAUGCAUGUGCGUGAGUAUCGUGGUUGUAUGCAUGUGCGUGAGUAUCGUCCCAGAAUAGCUUGUGAAGUCCGCAGUCUAAUCAAAGACGACACUUUCCGCUUUCAUGACAUUUUUCGUUUAAAGGAAGUGUCUUCUUUUCGAAAAUCAAUUUUACGUGGAAAGUGUCGUCCCUUAUUAGCCUCUGCGGACUGCACACGCUAACCUGUGAGAACAUUUAAUGCAAGUUCAUAAAAUUCCGUUAUUCGAGAUCGAGGCUCCACUUAUGUUACUGCCUAUGAUUACCCCUGUGUGUUCAUCCAAUCAAAAUCUUAAGUUGGUGUUGUUUGUGUCCUCUUAAUGCAGAGGAGUUUUGACAAGUAAUUGUAUUACUUCAAUUCAAUUUAUCGAUUUAACACACAAGCAUUCACGUAUUGACCACUUGUUUUUAUUAUGUAGAAACGUACAAAAAAUGUGCCAUUGCUUUUUGGACAUAUUUAAUAUGUGUCUGCAGUGAAUGCUUAACAAUUUUUCUUUUUUCUACCAUAUGAUUAUUUUCCGCGUAUCGCUUAAACAUGUUACACAGUUUUCCAUUCUGGUGUUAUUUUGUUUUUAGGGGGUAUUGUUGCUUUUUAUUCUGAAGUUAUUUUUAUCCUGUACAUAAUGUGUUCAGCGUUUUUUAUUCAAAAAUGGCACAACAUACGAUUUUAAAUGUUUUACUCAGCUCCGUAAUAACUCCUGUGUAUCUUAACGCCGUGUUUAAUUGUUAUCACAAACUUAGCGUUCAACAUGUUCAAUACGCAAUAUAUUGGUCAACAGUUUGGAUUUUGAUGUUAAAUAAAUGAUUAAAUUACGGACAUAAUGAAAGACUACGAUGUUACAAUGCAUAUUCAAGCACAUUCCCGGAAGAAACCAGCAUAUCAUAAUGUUAAAAAGAAAAAAAAAAGAAUUAAAAUGCUAUAUUUUCAUGCCUGGUUUUGAAAUAUCACAAGGUGUUAAAGCAUUAUGAUCAAAGAUCUUUAGUAUUUGUAAUGUCUUGUAGUGUUGCUUUUGUUUUUUGUGUACUGCCAUGAAAUGGGGUUUCCUUUAUAGUCUAAAAACGUGUACAUAUUUAUUACUGCUAGUGUGUCCAUCUUUGUUUACGAAGAUGGGGUAGUGUUUUUUGUAAGUAGUAUUUGUAAUUAUUAAGCUUUUUCAAGUACAAUAUUGAAUAGGCUUGUUCUGUUAUAAAAAAGUACAUGUGGUUUGACAUGUCGAUUCUCACAAACAUUAAAUAAAACCAGUUGAAUUAUUAACGGAGUAAGGGAAUUAUUCUAUAAAUUAUUGUACCGUUCUUUUCUUAUAUAUGAAACCAACACUAAUAAAUAAAAUUGUGUGUUUGACAAAAUAAUACAAUUUACUUUCUUUGAAUAAUGAGAAUAAUGUACUUCCUUUAAAUGUUAUGUGUUGUUUUACUUUUAACGCGAAUAUGGCUUAUAUUUGUAUAUCCUUAUAAUGAAUAUGUUAUCAAACGUAACUCAAUCAUGGCGAUUAAGAUGUCCAUUCAGUUGCACACACAAAAUAAAGAACUGUUGAAAUAAAUGUGUUAAUACCCCAGGUGUAGUUCGACUUCAAUAGUUGGUUUUCUUGGGUUGUUUAUUGUUUGGUUGUGUUUUGUCAUUUUACAUGAAAUUCAAGUGUCGUUUUAAUUUUCAAAUAUUUUUACGAUGUGGAUUCAUUACGUUAUUAAUCUGCUGCUAUUUGACAUUUUGGCAAAGAAUAUUCCGUAAAUAAUAAAUAUGUAUAUGAGAGGUAUGUACGCGAACAAAACAUGAACGUAUGCAUGUGAAAGGUGUAUGUAUACCAACUGUUCAAGUUAUAUCUCCAUGGGAACAGCUAGAUGCCAACUGUUCAACGUAUGUCUCUAUGGAUACAGAGGUAAUAUGCUGAUGAAUGAUUAAUAUGUUCGCAAACAGACUGGGUUCACACCUGAAAGAGCAUGAAUGUAAGAACGGGUGUUGAAUGGAUUGAACAAAUGCAGUAUUAGUAUUAGCAUUCGAAAGUUUGUAUCUCAGAAACUGCCGAGAUUUUGUUGUUAAUGUUGUAAAUAUUUAUGUAUUUGUGUUUGUAUAUUGGUGUACAUUUAAUGUACAAAUAAUACACAAACAAAAUGUUUUUCCUAUGUGCAGACAUUUCGCUAUUUUUGCAAAUAAAAUCUUAAGCAACAUAA